CUGUUGACAGUUGUUACCUCUCUGAGUACUAAGUUCAUUGGUUUGUUUGUUACCAACAUAAUUUUUUAGAUGUCUUUAUUACACAACUUUGUAUUGCGUUUUAACGACAAUUAUCAAAUAAUUUGUAAUUUGCAUGACAUCCAUAGUUUUGCAAAUUAGGUAGAUUUAAUUUUCUUGGGCUAAUCCGAACAAAUGAUUGUGCUAUGAUAAUAUUGCGUAGUAUACUUGUUAUCUAUAAUACUGUACAUUUAAUUAAUAAAAAAUGUCUCGGCGAUCUCAAACUCAUUCAAAAAUAAAGGUUUGUAAUAAGUCUGUGUUUCAUCUUCAAGAUAAAAAGGCCGAUGAUAAUGAAUUAUCUACUGGUUUGAUUAAAUCUGCCAAACGUACUGGACAACUGAACUUAUCCAAUCGAGGUUUAGGCACAGUGCCUGAAAAUGUGUGGAAAAUAGAUGAAUUGGUAUUGGAAGAUAGUAAAGAGGUGGACUUUGCAAGAUCUGACCUUAAUAAUUGGUGGAAUGCAGAACCACUGAAAAUGCUUGACCUUAGUUCCAAUGUCAUAAAAUCAAUUUCACCCAAUGUCAAACUUCUUCCACAACUUGUUACAUUGAAGCUACAUGAUAACGCUUUGACAAAUUUACCUGCUGAAUUUGGUGAAUUAAAAAAUUUAUCAAAUCUUAGCUUAGAUCAUAACAAGAUGUCUUUACUGCCUCAAGAGUUCUAUAAACUGACCGAAUUAAGAUGGUUUAGUAUAUCUCAUAAUCUCUUGGAAAAAAUUGAGCCUGAUUUUGGGGAUUUAGUAAUGUUGAAUUUUUUGAACAUGUCUCACAAUAAAUUGGUAGUAUUACCACCUGGAAUGGGAUACUUGGUUCGGUUAGUUGAGUUGAAUUUGUCACAUAAUCAGUUGCAAGAGUUGCCACCAGAUAUUGUUAAUCUUCGAGACUUGAAGAAAUUUAAUAUAAGCAAUAAUAAUUUGCGAAUGCUUCCGCCAAUGGGUGAACUCAGAAAAAUGGAAAUAUUAGAUGCAAACCACAAUAAUAUUGAGGUGUUACCUGAUUUCUAUGGAUGUACAGCUUUAAAAGAAAUAUAUUUAGCUAAUAAUUAUAUUAAGGAAAUCACAGAAGAGUUUUGUGAUCAAAUGCAACACUUAACUGUUUUGAAUAUGAGGGAUAAUAAACUUGAAGUAUUGCCAGAAAACAUAUCAUUGCUACAGACAUUAAAGAGGCUUGAUUUGACCAAUAAUAAUUUAAAUAAGUUACCCAAGAAUCUCGGGCUACUAACUCAACUGCAAAGUAUUAGCAUGGAAGGCAAUAAAUUGUCUUUUGUAAGACAAGACGUGAUAAGGGGUGGUACUGAUCGAAUGAUGAAGUUUCUGCGAGACCGCAUCAGUGAAGAGCUUGUUUGUGACACAAAAGCUGCUAACAAUGAAUGGCCUGAUAAGUACACAUUGAAAAAGAGCCAAUCUCUCAUGUUACCGGCCAGAGAUCUGACCUCCGUGCCGGAUGACGUGUUUAUCGCGGCCGCCAGUGCAGAAGUGCAUAUUGUUGAUAUAUCAAGAAACAAAUUACUGCAAAUACCUAAUGGUGUUACUCACCUACGGGAAACGUUAUCCCAGUUAAUAUUAUCAUCAAAUAGCAUAUCAAAUGUUCCGUCGGAAUUAAGCUGCUUGUCACAUUUGCAGUAUCUUGAUUUGGGUAAAAACUGCUUACUCGAUUUGCCGGUGGAAAUUGGUGAUAUGAAAAAUAUAAGGGAAUUGGUCAUAUCUAACAACAAAUUUACAAAGAUACCGCGUUGUGUGUAUGAAUUGGAGAAUUUGGAAAUAUUACUCGCGGCUGAGAAUCAAAUCGAUGAAAUCAAUGUUUCAUCAGAUGCACUGCCCAAACUGAAGAAACUGGCUGUAUUAGAUUUAUCCAACAACAGCAUAUUUACGGUGCCACCAGAGUUAGGAAACUUUACACAUCUAAGAUCCCUCGAACUUAUGGGCAAUUGCUUUCGUCAACCGCGUCACGCUAUACUCGCAAAAGGCACGGCUUCUGUUCUUUCCUACUUGAGAGAUCGAAUUCCUGCCAAAUAAUGAUAUUAUCAUUAUAAUAUAUUGUAUAAAAUUGUUUGGCAUAAAUACAUAUAUGUUAAUAAAAUCAUGUUGGACAUAAUAAAAAAAUCAUAUAGUUAUACAAAAUUAUUCAGUUAAUUGUAAAAAAUUGUAAAAUCAAUAAGAUUGUGAUAAAAAUGUAUCAUAAUUCAAAAAUACACAUUUAUUAUUAGAUUACUAGAUCAUAUAUUUUUUCUUGUAUCGCCAUUUUUGAAAAGCAGUUCAGGCCAAUAAAAACGCCAAGAAAUUGCCAUACAACGCAGCUUGCUAAUGCCAAAUGUUUCCGUCUUGUUAAAUAUUGAGGAAUAUGAUAUUUUUGCCAUAUUAUGCUUUUUAAUUUGUUGUUAUAAUUUUACAUUUUAUUUAUUUUUGUUGUUGUUUUCUUUUGUUUUAAUAUUAAGUUUAGAUUUUUUAAUUAUUAUAAAUUGUAAUAUCCAAUGAAAUAUUAUAUAUGUAUAUACAUUGAAGUAUUAUAAGUAUUAGUCGAUGCAUAUGAUAAUGCAUCAAAUUUUAGAUGUCGAUUUUCAAGGACUAAUAGAUGAUUACACUUUAGAAGUGAAACUGAAAUGGUUGUACAAUUUAUUGGUUAACUGUUAAUACUACAGGUAACAAUUGACCAAGUAAUAAAAUGGUACAAGUAAGGAUUCUUAAGUGACAAAAAUAAAAAUAAUUGUAAUAGUGACAAAUAAUGUGACAUUUAUUAGGUUGUGGAAUAUGUUGAUUAUUUCGCUUAAUGAAAAAUUCAUGUCGCCCGCCAAUGUAUAUUGUUACCCAUUAGAUAAUUGCCAAAUAUAUUGGAGAUAUUACUAUUUUUUGAAGUCAUGUUUUAUAAUCUUAAGAUUUUCAUUUAAAUAUUAUAAUUUGUUUAACCUUUUCAAUGUAAUUCGCAACUAUUUACAUUUAAUAUUAUAAUGUAUAAUUUGUGUAUGUGAAUUAUUAUGUUUGUUUUUGUGAUAAUUGGUAUUUGGUAUUGAAUGAAAAUAAUAACACGCUUGCCUUGAUCAACAUUCCCAAAUUGCGCUUUGAAAAUAACUGAAUGCUCUUAAUAUCUAUAUAUAAUAAUAAUAUUCUUAAUUAUAUACCUUAUACACAAAUUCGGUUAAUCUUUCAAACUCUAUCUAUAUACUUUAAGGUUUCAAAUAAUAUUAUCUAUAUAUAUAGAAUAAUGUUUUACCAUUUGUAUAAUUUUUACAAUAUCACAAUAUUAUAACAAUGUGAGUCAUUUUAACCAAAGUAUUGUACGAUGUACCUGAAAUUUUUAUCAUAAAAGCGAAGUAGUAUAAAACAGUAGAAAGUACCAGUGCUUUUUUAUGUACCUAGCUACUUUUAUAGCAACGGAGUGAUAAAAAUCGCAUAGUUAUUAAUUUUAUUCAUGAGCACAAUUAUGUUAUGGAACAGAUGUUAUUUAUGUAUUAUGGAAUAAAUGCCUGAAACAUUUAA